ACCUGAACCUACAUACUCUGUUCAAUGAGUGACAGAUUACUUUGGGCCUAAUGUAAGUCAUGUCCUCGGAGAGAAUGACUCCUCUACAUGUAGAUGUAGAAGUGGAUAGUGCCAACUACGAGGAGGGAUUCAGGCAGAUCCUUGGCAUAAUCCGGCCGGGAUGGAAAGGGGAAGACAUCAAGUUUAAGCGAAUACAACAAGGUAUGCUGAACAUUCUCGUGAUUUGCUAUAUCACAGAAGAACCUGAUGAUUCCGCCAUGUUGUUGAGGGUUAUCGGGGCAUUGUUUGCAGGCCAUAGGGACAGAGAGAGGGAAAUCGCUGCAGUCAAAUUAUCAGGGGAACUAGAUCUCGGACCCAAGUUUUAUUGUUCUUUCAAGAAUGGCUACGGCACCGGAUUCUUUCCCGGUACCACGUACGGAUGGGAUGACGACAGCCUGAAUGCUUUCCGGGAUGAUCGAAUGGGAAGGGCGGUUGCAAAACUCCUUGCCAAAUUUCAUUGCAAGAAAACAUUAGCAAAAAGUCGGGAAUCCAAAAUGGGAAAAGGAAUAGACAUCAUAGCAGUCGCUAAAGAUGAAAUGGAGAAGCAUUGGUCGAAGCCCAUGAAGAACAAGGAGUUAACUGAAUACUUUUAUGAAGGUUUACCCUCCAAGGAAGAACUGCUGGUAGAAAUCGACCGACUUGCUGUCAUUCGGGAUGAGAUGAAUGUCGAGGCGAGAAUGCUACACGGUGAUCCCAACCCAACAAAUAUCAUAUUCAACGAGAAAACUGGCAAGAUGGUGUUGGUCGACUAUGAGUUUUCAGGAAUAGGAAAUCCAUUACUGGACUUGACAUGGUACCUGAACUUUGCAGCAAUAGGGUUAUACCGAGCUGAUGAGGAUGAUGAGUACCAUUUCGGUCCCGAGUAUGUGAAAAGUUAUGUGCGCGCCUACCUCACGGAGCUAAAGCGUCUGGACGGCGAGGACCCGCCUACCGAACGGGAGUUUGAACGGCUUUACGUCAUGUUGCUAAGAUUUUACAUGAUCUUCUCGCUGACGAUAAGCAUGUUCGCACUACCUUUCUUGAACAGCUCUCUUGACAGGGUACCAGAUCCAAAACAAUUGAUGAGUUCUUACAGAGGGCGUCUCCUGUACUAUCUGAAGCACAAGGACAGAGUCUUCUCCAUGCCAACCCCGCAGGUUUAGCUCGACAAAUGAUUCAAAUGCCGCUGGCGAACAUGUCAUGACGUCCAUUAAAUUAGCAGAACUCUUGUCGAUGAAUUCCUUAUUUCGGCCGUCAGUCAGCCAAAAACUGAAAAUAUCCACCGACGAUCGCCGUGACCUACACAUUCUUGCCGCUUUCGUUGAAAACUCGACGUAAGCGCUCGCAGUGCCGAAAAUCGCUCUAACAAACUUCCUAUAAACUUGUGGUCCAAGAAACUUCCCACCCUACCUUGAUCGUGACUUAUUUGUGUUACCCAUGACGUCAGGCACAACUCGUUUUGACAACUGAAUUGAUCGGAAGUUCACUGGACUUCAAAACACGACUUUUAGCCUCUGCCAGCGCCGUCGUCGUACACCAGCCAGACCCUAAUACCCACUACAAGUCAUCCCGACUACCCACUACAAGUCAUCCCGACUUAUCGGCGGUGAAUAUCAGUCCAUAAGUCUCCUCCUUUUACAAGGAAGGAUAUACCCACAACGACGGUGGAUCGGCAUGCUACAAGUGGGAAUGUCAGCUCAUGUCCUCGGGCCUUGAAGGAACGCCACGGCAUGUAUCAGUUAGGACGAGCGAUGGCUUUGGGCUGUAUAUAUGAACUUUGAAAGUUGUCAGUGCCUGAGAAUAUUUUUU